UCUAUUAUAUUUGAAUAUAAUAAGGGUAAAUGUAUUGAUCGAAUAAUUGAUUAUUUGUUUAAUGAUGUUGUUUCAAAUCUUGAACAACUACCAAAUGCUAAUGUUGAUGAUUUAUGUCAAAAAAUUACUUACAAUAAAUUAAACAAAGGUUCAGCCGAUUAUUAUCAUUUAAAAGAGAAUAAAAUGUCUUUGAAAGAAUAUAUUUUAAUAUUAUUUGAUUGGAUCAAGUUUAUUAUUUCAAAUCGAGAUGCAAUCACAAAUAAUAAAAGCAAUGUUGAACUAAAAAUUAUUUUGGAGUUUCAAGCAACUGGUGAAUUAUUAUAUCAUUCUGAAAUAUUUCGUUCUAUACUAUCAAAAGUAUAUUCAAUUGCUAAUGAUGCUGAACGUAUUCUAUAUUAUUUGGAUAAAGUAUCAGCACAUCAUCGAUCACUUAAUUUAAUAUUAAAAACUUUAAACAAACGAAAAUUUGAAUAUGGUGAAAUAUAUAAAAAUAUUCAAUGGUCUUUUAUUGAACCAAUCGAAGACAUCGUUGAAUUAAAAGAAACACCAUCAUCAUCAUUUGAUAAAAUCUGGUCGGUAUGUGGUUUACCAAAUAAUGAAACAAAAAAAGAAUUUCAAGAUAAAUUUAUUCAAAAUAAAUUUAAUUCAUAUGAUUCAAAUUUAAAAUUAUCAACAUGUUUACAUAGUGAAAUUCGAAUGAUAGAUUAUUUAAUUGAACAAAAUAUAAAAGAAGUUCAUGAUAAAGAUGUAGAAAUUGGAAUAUCGAAAUUACCAUGUUAUUUAUGUUCAAUAUAUAUUGAAAAAUUAAAUGGUGAUUUUAAUCGAACGUUUUAUAUUGGUUCUUUAAUAACUGAUGGAAAAAUUUAUCCAAAUUGGAUGUUUAGAAAGAAUGAAGAAGAUAAAAUGAUAAAUUAUGUUAAUGAUCAAUUAUAUAUAUUUAUCAAAAACGACUUACAAUUGUUGGAAUUAAGAAUAAGAAAAAAAAGUGGCGAUAGUGAUACGCAAGAAAUAGACAUAGAUGAUGAUGAUGUCAAUAAUGCAUUUAUGCAUAUGACGAUGAAGGAAAAAAAUAAGCAAUAA